CACACACACACCAGCAGUCAUGUGACGGUAAUAUAGUACAACUACUCUGCCUCGCUGCUAAUCAGUCUGAACGGUUCUGCUAGGCAAGUCUCAAGGACAAACCAUGCAUUCGAGAUAGAGAUUCCCCAUCAAAUGCAAAGGAAAGACAAUGCAUUGGGAUAAAAUAAGGGAUUUGUAAAUGCUUUAUUGAAAAAGAUAUAUCCUGGCUGGAAACCUUGGAAUGAAAGACUUUUCCUACCGAAGCAUACUUCUUUUUUUAUCCUGAGAGAGAACAACAGGUUUUUCUCUAUAUUUCUUCUGCAAAGCGUGACCUUGCUGUGGUGACCCCUUCUGGGGGUUAUUUGUUGACAGUUUCCCGACAACAAGAGAAAUAACCCUAACAAACUGUUAUAUCAGUAAGACAAUUUUCAACACCAAGUGGAGUGACAUUCUCUUGGCCCAUUGCCAGGAAUGGUGGAUAACUUCCUAGUUAGCGGCGAGGAGACUUUCUUAACUUACGAUAGCGCCCCUUCAGUGUAUCACCUGUCGGACAUGGUGACGGAUGCAGGGACCUACCAGGUGAUGCCCUCGCCCUUCUCCGAGGACGACCUGAGCGAGUCGUCAAGCCCUCGCUCCUGUUCUAGCCCCGACUCCCAAGUGCUCAGCUCCAGCUAUGGCAGCAGCUCCAGCGCCGAGAGUUCAGACAGCAUCCUGGACUUCCUGCUGUCCCAGACCUCCCUAGGCGGAGCAGGGACUGCGGCGGCCAUCCCCAUGUCUCUGUCCACCUCUCUGUGGGACUCAGAGAGGGAUGAGCCGUCCCACCCCCACCCAGAGGCCUUGAAGGAGGUGAGUGUGGACUUCUCUGUCUGGUCCUUGGUGGACAUGGAGCCAUCCUUCCAGCCCACCUUGGAGGAGAUAGAGGAGUUCCUGGAGGAGAACAUGGAGGUGGUGUCAUCCAUGAAGCAGGAGGCCCGGGAGGGGGCACUGGGGCUGGGUCUGGAGGAGAUCAUGGGGCUGGGGGUGGGACUGGAGGUGUACAGGGAGUCCUCAUCCCCAGGGCCAAGGCUGGAGCCCGAGGCCAAGCAUUCAGACCAAACUGUGUUUACUGAGAAUGCCGCCACCACCACCGAGACCAAAAGCACACCGGCCUCGCCAGCACAGGAGUCCAUAGAAGGUCUGCACGGCGACAGGUCCAAGAGUGAUUCAUUAUCCAGCAGGCUUGGUUCCACAGAGAGCGUUGCAAACAGUGGCAGCAGCGGGAUGCCGGUCAUCCUGCAGAUCCAGCCCAUGCAGAUCAAAAAGGAACCCAGUUCCACGGCUCCUCAUCAUCCUCCCCAAGUCGUCCAGCCUCCCCCUCAGCCGGCAUCAGACAUCAAAAUUGCCCAGCUGCUGGUCAACAUCCAGGGGCAGACCUUCGCCCUGGUGCCCCAGCUGCUGCCUUCCACCAGCCUUAAUCUCUCCUCCAAGUUUGUGCGCAUUGCUCCAGUGCCCAUUGCAGCCAAGCCCCUGGGCCUCGGGGAGGUGCUGGUUGGGGUCCAGGGCCAAGGGCUCCAUGUGGGGGGUCAGCAGUUUCAGAAGAACCCUAUGGCGGACCUCAUCAAAAUGCACAAAUGCACUUUCCCCAGCUGUACCAAGAUGUACACCAAGAGCAGCCACCUGAAAGCCCACCUCCGGAGACACACAGGGGAGAAGCCCUUCGCCUGCACUUGGCCAGGCUGUGGAUGGAGGUUCUCGAGGUCAGAUGAGCUGUCGCGACACCGGCGGUCCCACUCAGGGAUCAAGCCCUACCAGUGUCCAGUGUGUGAGAAGAAAUUUGCCCGCAGUGACCAUCUGUCAAAACAUAUCAAAGUCCAUCGCUUUCCGCGAAGCCGGACACUGCGCACAACAAACUGACCACACCCGGAUCACUCUUCAAUGGACAUAGGCCAAAGGAGCACGGAAUGUGUGUGUCUGUGAGAUGGAAUUUGUGUGAAUGUGUUUGUGUGAGAGUGUAGUAUGACUUACGGAGAGAGAGAGAGAGAGAGAGAGAGAGAGAGAGAGAGAGAGAGAGAGAGAGAGAGAGAGAGAGAGAGAAAAAGAGCAAGAGAGAGAAAGAGCUAGAGAGAGAGAGAGCAAUGGAGGUGGAAGAUUUAUGUGUGUGCCUUGCCUUUUAGAGAGAUCUAUAACAGUGGUCUUGUCCUAUAAUUUAUUGUUGAAAGCAAAACCAACACAUGACACUUACCAUCUUCUCAGUAAUCAACGUUUCUUGAGAUUCUUGCUGCUGUUGGUAUUUUGUAUGUUGUACUCUUUUUAUUUGUUUUUCUGUUCAGUCUUUAUUUUCUUUUUCAAUGAAAGAUUGUUUUCAUUUGAGAUGAAAUGUAUUAAUUGCUUCAGUAAUAGCCUUGCGUUUCUAUUUUACCUGGAUUUGACUGCCUUUUACCUUGUUAAGAAGUGCCAAUGUCUUUGACAUUCCUCAUCCAAGUCAGGUUGAAGUUUGCCCGGAAAAGUUCUCCUUGUGUUUUGCCUUGUCACUCAGCUCAUUGACAGAGGGUAAAGAAUAGCUUACUCAUUCAUCACACUGUUUGUUCAAAGGGAGUGGCAGAGCUUUUUGCCAAUUCUGUACAUAAACUACUGAUAACAAAUAUGAACACGUCGCUAUAAGCUACUGGGACUCUUCUCAAGUUCCAGAAAAACUUCACCGGCUCAGAUUCUGAGACAAGGCGGGUGAAAGUAAAAGAAUGGAACAAAGAAAGAAUUGCGCACAUGUAUGAUUGUUGAUUGUUGUAUGUGUAAAAAAAGCCUUCCAAUCAGUGUUAGAUUUUG